GCGAAAACCAUCGUGCGAACGAGCUCAGCAACACAUGAACAGUCACUGAUCCAUCCUCGUGCAUAUCCUGGUGCGCGCUUUACUCGAUGAGCGAUCGCGAACUCUUUUCCGAUGGUUUUCCGUGCCCGACGGCUUACGAAGAAAUGCAACGCAAGGAUAAAGACAAUAUCAUAAAUCCUUUCCUCCUGCGACGAGGGAAGAAGAAACAAAGACCCGUGGACGUGUUCGGACGUGCACUUGGAGGGUAUUCCACUUUUGCCAUCCUUCCAAAGUAA